CGGGGUGACAGCCAGGCCUGGGCUGGUCGGGGGGGUGGGGGUGGGGGUCCGUCAGCAGCUAAUCCCCCAGGCAGUGCCAGGGAGCUUUGGGCCUGACAGGGUUGUCAGGCCUCGGGAUUAGUGCUCUCAGAUUAGGCGGAGGCCUGGGAUGGAAGGGACAAAAGGAGCACUUGUCUAGAAGGGGCUGGAGAAUCUGUGGCCCCUACUGGGACAGUGACAGAGGGACAGUGGGCUGGGCCUGGCCACCCACGCCUCAGCCCCUUGGCUCCCUCGGGACACCGCCCUGCCCCCACCCGGGCCCUGGCACCAACACCUGCCCCAGUGCUCAGUUCACAGGUGCAGUCACCUCGGGGUGGCCUUCCUGGAGGGGUGCUUGGGCUGUGCCAGGGGUGAGGGGCUCUGGGGGCCAGCGAGGUGGGGUGGGCCGGAGGCUGCCAGGCAGGAAACAGGAGCUGGCAGGGUGGGCGGGGAGCCGCAGGGUGCAACUUGAUCCCAGCCUGCCCUACAUAUGGGCUGUCGGGGGCAGCCGCCCCAGGCCAUCUUGGGGACAUAAAGGCCCCGCAGAGGAGGCUGCCCCAGCUCUGCUGCACACCCAGCGCCCUCAGGAGCCUCCACAAUGCUGCCGGCUCUGCCCGUCGCUGCCCUCCUUGUCCUGCUCCAGCCGUCCCCAGGCCAGGCCCAGGUCCCCAUCCAGGCCAACUUUGACCCCAGCAAGUUCCAGGGUCUCUGGUAUGUGGUCGGGGCCGUGUCUGAUGACCAGGGCUUCCAGGAUGCCAAGGACGACAUGAAGAUGCCUAUGGUCUCAGUGACCUCCCUGGCCAAUGGCGACCUGGCCCUCAAGUUUGGGUAUCCCACGCCUGAUGGCGGCUGCCAGAAGAUACAGACAACCUACACCAAGGGCGCAGCGGAUGGGCAGUUCAGCAGCCCAGCCAUGGGCCAGACCGACAUCCGCGUGGUCUCCACUGACUACGACAACUUUGCCCUGAUGUACUUCGAGACGCAGAAGGCGGGGGAGCGGAACGUCUGGCUGCAGCUCUAUGCCCGCGCCCCCGUGCCGUUUCCUGAAGGCGCCCAGAAGAUGCAGGAGCUGGUAUCUCAAGUGGGCCUGAACCCCGGCCAGGGCGCCCUGCUGCCCAAGUCGGUGUACCAGCGCGAUGUUCCAGUGAGGGAUCCAGGUCAAGUGCCGGUGGGGGCCAAGCCACCCUGUGUCUGGAGCCCUCUGCAGAAAGCACCCCAUUUCUCUCCCCAGACCCCCAAACACAAUAAAUGGUCUUGGAAAGUCAGCUGAGGUGUGCUUUUCUGG